GUUUGCUAAUUGGGAUCAUCCUGAAACUGGGGCGGUUACUGAGCUAUGCUACUCUGUGUGUGCAGACCCACGUUAAGGUUGUCUUGAGAGUAGGAACGCUGACAAUAAUCCUCCGUCCUCACAGGCGCGACACAUCUGGAGGAAUGAAAUAAGACAGAAUCACUGAAUAAUACUCAGGCGGACACUUUAAAUUCCUCUCUAUAUUCAGCAAAGGUAAUUGCUGACAAUGUAAGAAGCUUUUUCUGUUAUGGGGAAAGCUGACUGACUGAAGUAUCUUUUGAUGCAUGCAGAAGCAGCUUGUACACACAUUUUGUGCGCUGCCUGAUUUGAUUAAGAUUGAUCUGUCCUCCACAGCUGUAUCCUCGGCUCUUGGUUUUUCCAUGCUUGUUUUUGACCGUUUUAGAGGAGAUGCUCCCACCUCAUCUCCCUAGCCAAACACACACACAUGGUGGUGCACACACACACUCACACACACCCCUCGUGGACUGCGACGUCACUGAGCAAGGGGACUUUGAGCUCAUUAAGUAGAGGGCUGUGAUAUUCUGAAUCGAGACUGUGGGACUCCCAACUGGCCUAUUUAUAGAAAGCACAUCUCCAUGGGAGUCAUCGCUGCGCUAGCAAAUCACAGCCGUGGCCCCAGACACCAAUUAAGAAUGAAACAAAUGCCUUUUAGACAGGGCGUGUCCCUCCUUCUGUCCUACCGGCCUGUGCUGCCUUCUGCUCUGGGAGCGGAUCCUCCCUCUGCCUCUUCCUGAGGCUGCGUGGGGCAUCAGGAGGACAGCACACAGAGAACUGGCGAAGGUUUGCUGCGGUGCUGGAUAUUUUUAAAAUGCACCCCUCCUCCACCCCCCAUUCCCCACGCCUACCUCUCCCCUUCUCCUUCUCCUCAGAAAAGUGAGAGUAAUGGGUAUUUUUUGUUGUUGUGUAUGCAUGUUGCCCUGUCUGUUCGUAUGCGCUGGGAUGCCGUUGGAUGCAAUGAAUUGCAGUGACUCAUAGAGGGACUUCAGAGAGUUCCAACAGGUUAGAAGAGUGAUGACCAUCCUGUUCGUUACUAUGGUUAUUUCAUACUUCAGUUGCAUGAGAGCUGCGCCCAUGAGAGAGAUCCCGGGCGUGCAGGGGGUCCACCGGGCCGAGGACUACCUGGGCGCCGCUGCCAUCACCUCGGGCAGCCGAGGCCACGGAACUCCACAGAGUCGGGGCGCGCUGCCCUCGUUCGCAGACACUUUCGAGCAGGUGAUUGAGGAGUUGCUUGAGGUGGAAGGAGAAGCGACGCAGCAACUGGACCCUGGGGCCGACCAGGGCCAAGGAGGGGGUGGUCCCUCAGCCAUGGCUGACUCGAAGGACGUUGACAUGUACGCCUCGCGGGUGAUGAUCAGCAACCAAGUGCCUUUGGAGCCACCGUUACUCUUUCUCUUGGAGGAAUACAAAAACUACCUGGACGCCGCCAACAUGUCGAUGCGCGUGAGACGGCACUCGGACCCCGCACGGCGAGGGGAGCUCAGCGUUUGUGACAGUAUUAGCCAGUGGGUGACGGCCCUGGACAAAAAGACAGCCAUAGACAUGUCGGGCCAGACGGUCACCGUCCUGGAGAAGGUCCCCGUGACUAAUGGUCAGCUGAAGCAAUACUUUUACGAGACCAAAUGCAACCCUUUAGGGUACACAAAGGAGGGCUGCCGAGGAAUAGACAAGCGGCACUAUAACUCGCAAUGCCGGACAACCCAGUCUUACGUGCGAGCCCUUACCAUGGAUAGCAAAAGGAAGAUCGGCUGGCGGUUUAUACGGAUAGACACUUCGUGUGUAUGCACAUUGACCAUUAAGAGGGGCAGAUAGUGUAUACAAUGUAUAGAUUUUAUUGAGAGUUCUAAAAAAGAGAGAGAAAACAGAAAAUAUCUAUUUGUAUAUAUACAUAACAGGGUAAAUUAUUCCGUCAGAUGAAAAUUUUAUGGACUGCAUGUAAAAAAGAUGUUUAUACAGUAAAAGUGAUACUACGGUCUAUUUAUUGAACAUAUUCAUGAUCUUGUAAACAAUUAAAAAAAGAUCUGAUCAGUCAUUCGCGCCCAGUUCAAAUUACUAUAUCACAUUCCACAAGACAUUGUGUUUUUUACGUUGCCAAGAUUUUUGAGAGAUGAGGAGAGGAGGGGGUGAGGAAGAAUUACAUUCAAGAAAAAAAAACGAAAAAAAAAAAAAAAUUGCAUGCUGCUUCAAUUGUGAAUUGAGACACUGUCCACUUUGGGAAAACAAGGAAACGAUUUCCGACCAAAACAUUCCGUUUACAUUCUCAACGGUAACAGGAUUUCCUCCUCUCAGUACUCUGUCUGUUUACUAUCCUCAACUUCUCAAGUUAAUGUUGGAAAUACAUACUAUGUCAAGGUGCUGUUGUCAAAGCUUUGCUGUUUAUUUUUUUAUCCCCACAAGAUGAAAAGAUAUAUAUAAAAUAUAUAUAAAAUUUAUUCAUU